AUCGUUUAUUUAUGCGCGGAUGCUCGCGAAACAUCGAGCAGGUGAUCGACGUCGUGAUAUCGUCAGUUCCUUUCGCAGUUCGAUCGAUCUUCUUCCAAGUUUAGUUCUCUAUUCUCGAAGUUCGAAGGAAUUUCCUCGAGUUGUCGCGUUGCUCAAUAGAGAUCGAUCUUUUGAUAUAUCGAAGAAAUCAUUAUGGUGGACGUUGACAUAAAACUCUCGAGAAACAACGAGAACCAAGCCUGGGGCUUUCGAUUAUCCGGAGGAGCUGACUUUGCUUUUCCCUUGACUGUCGUCAGGGUACUCCUCGGAGGAUUAGCCGAUAAGGCGGGUUUACAAGCUGGCGAUAUCGUGAUCAAAAUAAACGGGGAAACUGUGCAGCAUUUGAGGCAUGUCGAGGUUCAUGAUCGCUUUGUCAAAGCUGGAAACGAAAUUAUGCUGUCUGUCGUGCGAAAUUUAAAAAUCGAACGAAAAGUUUAACGAAAAUGAUUAUCGACACGUGUCUUGCUACGAGAUAUCGAGCGAGUAUUCUUUGCGCGAACGAUACGAUCUUAUCGAAAGAAUUAUUUUAAUGUUGUUAAAUAAAAUAAUGUGCCUUUUUCCAAAUAUUUCCUCAUUUUGAA